AUGGGAGCAGUCUCCACCCCCGUUCUGGAUGUAGAGAUUCCCGACUCACUUCUCUGGCUCGACCCCAGCCCCAGCUCUUCCCAAGAAUUGCUAGAGGCUUCUCAUAUUUUCUUCGCCUAUAAGGAGAAUAUUUCCGUCUCUGCGGGAUCUAUCGGAGGUGAAGGCUGGGUGCGUGGCCCGACAGGGAAGUUCACUGAGGAUCUUGAUGACUGCCGAAAUAUCUCUUUUGUGAAAUAA